UUAAAUCAUUAAGCGAGUAAAACAAGAUGCCUCUUCUCAUUUCGUCCACAGAGAGCGGCUGCUUCGCUUUUGUCAACACUUUUAUAUUGAUCUGAAGAGAAAAGAUGGUUCUACAGCCUAAUUUUCCUCGCUGAUGAUUGGAAUAAGGGACUUUAUUGGUGGCUAAUGUGUGGAUUACGACCUAACGGUGACACCUCUCCAGACAAGAGAAAUGGAUACGAGUAAUAAGACUCUGAUUGUUGCCUUCCUGAUUAUCUAUAUAAACUGCAUGUCAGGAGUGGUCGUCCUUCGGCCUGACAAACUGGUGGUGGAUAUUUUGGAUGGGGAGGUAAUGGUGCAUUGGAAUCAGCCAGCGGACGCCCCCUCAAACUCCCAGUACAAUGUGCAAAUGGCAAAUUACAACGGCAAUUGGACCAUGGUGGCCAGCUGCACAGGGAUCACAAAGACCUACUGUGACCUAAGCAGCCUUAUUCAUGACUAUCACGGUAUCUACAAGGUCAAAAUUGGGCUGGUCACAGGAGAUGUCACGUCUUGGUCGAUACCCAAGAAAUUCGUCCUAAGUACAAGUAAAUUGCGGCCUCCCUCCUUCACUUUGUGGCCUACAUCCAGCAGUCUAACAGUUUCUGUUCACCAAAAACCCAUUCUGAGAAAACUCUUUUCUUACGGGCCCACCUACACCAUCUACCUGGAAGAGAGAGGACAAGACAACAAGAACACCACAGCAUACAUGAAAGAUGACAUGGAGGAGGAGGAUCUGAGGACUAAGACUUUCAGUUCUCUCCGUCGAGGGAGAGAGUACUGUGUCAGCAUGAAGGUGGAAGGCACAGGAGAGAUCCUCUCCAGCAGCGUGUCCCCGAAACAGUGCGUGCGGCUACCGGAGCACGAAUGGUUCAUAAUUGCUGUGACAUUCCUAUCUAUUCUGGGUAUGCUGGCCUGCGCUGCUGUCAUGGCUGCCAUCCUCCUAUGUUACCUGAGACGUCCAGAGAAAACACCUGCUGUGUUGAAAUCCCCUGUAACUGGCUGGCUUCCAGUCUCUGUUGUAGAAGAGAAUAUGGAGGUUGUGACAGACAAAGGAUGGUUCCUGUCCAGUCACAGAACAGAAGUGAAAAACUGUGUCAAAGACUCACUGGCCCCUGUUACGACAACAGAGGACAAAGGGGAGGAGGACAGGAGGACAAGUAUGGACAGCGGGGUCAGCAUUGAGUCCAACUCUACUACAAAUCCUCCAAUGAGACAAGAGGACAGCGGCUGUGGGAGCUUGGGAGGACCAGAGAGCUCCACUAGCGGUCAGACAGAUUAUCCCCUGCAGGAAGAGAGGACUGACACCCACAUAGCGAGGAAGAUGGAGGACAGUGGGGUGGUGGUGGGGCUGGGCUGCCAGCUUCUUUCUUCUUCCAUUAAUCUGGAUGGACAGGACGGCGGGUCUCUAAAGGAGGCUGUUGCUGGAGGUAACUAUCGCAGCCAGAGGCCCUCCGCCGUGCAGAUUCACGUCUGCGAUGAUGAGGAGGUGCUCCCUGGCUCCGCUUUGGCCGAAGUGGUCACAGGCUACAGGGUUGGGCCUCAGUCGUGUAUCUGCUCAGGAGCAGGUCAGUGCACUUGGUGCCAUAAACAAGGCAUUUACGAAACAGAAGUUAUCAAACAAUACAGAGCUAUGCGUAUUGACAAUGGACUGCUGAGCAGCAAAUGCAAUUUUGUGGACUCUUACAAAAGGGGGAUUACAUUUUCAAGUUAUUCUAAAAAAACACAAAUAGACACUGUCGUGACAGAUGACUUGGAAACAACUUUUAUACAACUGGGGGAGACUUUCCCCUUGCUAACAGCUUUAACGCCGCUGCCCCUAGUGGAGGGGAGACAGGACUUCAAUAUGAACAAUGUGUCCCUCUCUCUGUGUGACGUACAGCUGACGGCUGACUGAACUGUGAAAUGCAACACAGCGCUGUUGAUGAAGUCAUGCUGACGUGACACAAGUUUUACCUCCUCCCAAGAGCUAUUUUGGAGCAACACACUCCCUUUUUCCACAUGACACACUGCUGGAAACAUGCAAUAGAAGCAUGAGUUGAUGUUUGUUUCGAGGAGAAAUUCUCAAAAAAGGGAAAACAGAGCAGGCAACAGGCUGUUAUUGAACAUAGGGAGGAAAUAGAGGUUAGACCACACAGCUGCUGAAUGCUAAACAGUUGGUUGAAGUCUCAGGGGCCUCAGGAGAUGGAGAACAUAACAUCAAUGAGCGUAUUCAAGCAUCUCACUGGCUGUAUUUACAACUAACUAAAAUGCAGUAUACCGGAAGUGAAACUGGUGUGAGCAAUGCAGAGAGACGGUUUGAGAGUUACGUUUUUUUUGGACGUUUUACCACUUCUCGCUGCUUCU